CGGUAAUUGAAAACGUUGUUUUCUCGUGCUUCCGGUUGGUUUGUUUUUUCUAGUUCAAAUUCACUUAAUCAAGUUGAAUUAAAAAGUCCUGAAUGAAACCAAAUGUAUACUCAUUCUUUAUUAUGUAUACUAAUUACUGCUUCCUGUGCUACCGCUCAAAGACAAGAAGGCUACAAACUUGAUCCGCUAACGUCAUAUGUAAUCCUUGCACCUAAUCGUAUCAGAGCCAAUGAACUCGUACAGAUCAGUGUAUCUAUAUUCGAAUUACUGUAUGAACAAUUAACAAUCCGGCUGGCUAUCAAAGUUAAUUCCACUGAAAUUGUUUCCAGUCGAGAAGUAUUUAAGUCAACUGGUACAAGAAUUAUGCAACUGAAGGUGCCUAAUUAUGCUCGCACAGGAACAUAUUGGCUACAUGUUGAAGGUUCUAUUGUAGCUAAUGCUUCUAUUUUAUUUUCGAAUCUGACCAAAUUGGCAUUUUCUGAACAAUCGAAGUCUAUUUUUAUACAUGUUAGUAAACCGAUCUAUCAUCAGAGUCAGAUUGUUAGAUUUCGUGUAAUUCCAAUGCUACCAGACUUAACUCCAGCCUACGGUUCCCUGGUUAGUAUUGAAGUACUUGAUGCAUCUGGUAAUGUAUUUAAACGAUGGUUGAAUCCGAUGACAAAUAUUGGAGGUAUAAUUGAAUUAGAUUUCCCACUAUCAGAUCAAGUGCAUGAAGGCGUCUGGUUGAUACGCGCAAAUCAUGAAAGAUUUUCGGCAGAAAAAACAUUUAGAGUGAAGGAAUAUUGGCGACCGUUAUGGGAUGUGAACGUGACUCUUCCCCUGAGGUUAACAGAUACUGAAUUGGGAGUAUAUGGUUUGAUUUCUGCUAAUUACACAAGUGGGAAGGCUGUCAAAGGAAAUGCUACCGUUUUAAUACAGCUGAGGAAGCCAGGAGCAGAUCGUUGGACCAACCCACCACUGGCUGAAUUCAGGCGUUAUUUAUUGGCACUUGAUGGAAUCGGAGAUUUCCUUUUACCAAUGUCUGAAAUCCGUCAAGCGGUUAGCAGCUCUGGAGCUGACCCUUCGUUGGCCAACACUGAGAUUUGGGUUAAUGUAACCUACUACAACUGGUGGGAGAAAACACAUCGAACGGGUUGGGCAUUUACAAAAGUAUAUUCUUCUAAUCCACUGAUAAAAUUUCUUGGUGGUACAGUUCGACCUUUUAAACCUAAUAUGUAUUUUACUGUUUAUUUGGUUGUUUAUAUGGCUGAUGGUAGUAUGGUCAAGUACAAAGGAAAUCGUAAAGUCACUUUGUCAUUCUACUGCCUUGAUAACACUUUCGAGAACCAAAUCACUUUACCCGUUGCAGAUGAUGGCGUUAUACGGUAUACCUACAGACCAUCUGGAGAAGGAUGCAUCACUUACAGACUAGAGGCUCGAUAUAUUGACGAAACAGAUAGGAUCCUAUCAAAUGAUCAACAGCGUAUAUUUGCUGUCAACUCUUAUUCUGGUGCUUAUUUGCAACUGUCAACAUCAACAUUGUCGCCUAAGGUCAACGAAUACAUGGUAAUAAAUGUGCAAACAAAUUACCCAACAGAUAAAAUACACUAUGUGGUUGUUUCCAAUGGAAAUAUCUUAGCAACUGACCAGUUGCGUAUGCCAAGUUCGGUGACAUCACGUACUUUUUCAAUAGCUGUAUCACGUUCAAUGUUUCCAGUUUCACAUAUAGUUGCCUAUUUCAUUAGGGAUAAUAGUGAAAUAGUAUCGGAUUCAUUGACAUUCUAUACAAACUAUACAAAUUUAAAUGAUGUACAAGUGCAAGUCAACCGUGGGAAAGAUUUGAACCAGGAUACACUAGAAAUUAGAGGCCAUGCUAAGCCUGGUGCAUACAUGGCGUUCAGUGUGAUGCAUGCUGAUCUAUACGCCAUUGGUGGGGCUUCAUUUUUACGUGAAUACGAUAUUGUAGAUGAGUUAAUGACGUAUGAACAGCACAGUCAAUCUCCGUUAGUACAUACAUGGUACGAGGAUUUUAGAGAUAUUAAACGUAUCUAUCUACCGACAUCAAGCAAUGGAGCCGAUACUAACAGUACAAUGAAUUCCUCUGGUUUAAUAAUGUUCACUGAUGCUAAUUUCACUAAAGCAAAUUUUUAUCAUACAUGUAAUGAGACUGAGAAUCCCGCACGCGCCUUACCAUGCUAUUCUCUGACUGGUAGAGAUUGUUAUUCGCGAAGUGAAAAAUGUGAUGGAAUUAAUCAGUGUGCCACAUGGGUUGAUGAAAUGGAUUGUCCAGAAAAUGAGACCAAAAAUCCACAACCAUUACGUUUAAUAGAUACAUUUGAUAUACUAUAUCGACAAUGGAAUGAUGGUGCGUGGUUAUGGCAUAGUACGUUUGUGAAAGCCAAUGGUCAGAUACAAUUUCGUGUUGAUCUUCCCAAAAUGAACGCUGACUGGGUGGCUGGAGCAUUUUCUGUCGAUAGUGAGCUAGGCCUAGCCUUAAUGCAGCAGCCUUAUCUAUUUUCUGGUACAAGGAGGUUUUAUAUGACUGUUGAAUUACCCGAAGAAGCUGUAUGGGGUGAACAGAUUGGUGUUCGUGCCUGUUUAUUUAACAACUGGAACUACUGGAUUGAGGCUUUAGUUGAAGUGAAAGCGAGUCCUGAUAUUCGUUUUGUACAAGUCGGUUUAGAAGGACGUGUAUCUGCUUAUGCACCUGAAGUAUCUGUCAAUAAAUCUGUUCAGUCAUUGGCCUAUUUGGAAGCUGGUACUUCGCGUUACAUUUAUAUGCCCAUAUUACCAAAACAUCCUGGGAACACGUCAUUUACAAUAUGCGCUUACAGUUUUAUUGGCUCUAAUUGUGAAACACACACAAUACUUGUUCGUAUGAAUGGUGUAACAAAUUAUUUUCAUACUGCAAGUUUCCUAGACUUGACAAGUUCAAGUACCUUAUUUGUAAAUAAUUUCAAGGUUAUUGUUCCACAAAAAUUCACAAUUCCUGAAAGACGUUUACAUCGUUUUGUGCCUGGAUCACAGAAGGCUAUUCUUAGCGUGGUCGGUGAUUUUAUUGGUCCUGCACUAAGUAAAGACUUUCGUUAUGCAGAUACACGGAACAUUCUACGCCUAACUUAUGCAUCUGCAGAAAAUGUUUUCUUUGAAUUGGGUUACAAUAUGAAUUUAUUACUCUACCUACAUGGCGCUGGGCAUUUACCUUAUUCAGUUCUAGAAAAUGGAUUACUUUACUGUUCUGUUGUACUACAACGCGGGUUUUCAUAUUUCAAUCGGCAGAUUGGUGCUUUUGCUAAUUUUAGAGAUCGUUUAGAUGAAACGGAUCCACUAGUUACUGCAAUAGCACUAUGGAGUUUAUUGUUGACAAGACAGACUCAAUGGAAUCGUCUCAUUUACGUGGAUGAUGAUACUUUUGUUCGAAUCAUCAAUUACUUAAAAAAUACCCAACAGUUUAGUUCGUAUACUGGCGAUAUCGCCGGUAGGACAGUUAUCGAUGUUCGGCUCUCUGGUAGCUGGAAUAUAACAAAUGUUGUUGACAGGCGAUUUUCCCCAAGAAUUGAUAAAAACAAAUGGCCCGACCCAAUCGAUCAAGAAUGUCACCGUCGUGUACCAUCAGCAGCUAUGGUUAUAAUUGCAUUACGUUCCACGGAACGUACUCUACCCAGUGGUGUUGGCGCAGAUAAAGCUGAAGGCAUCAUUUCAGAGGCUGUUAGAUUUCUUAGUCGACAUAUUCUAAAUGUAGAUGACCUGUUCUCACAAGUGAUUGGCACAUAUGCCUUGAAAGUGGCCGUCGAUGCAACCUCUCAGCAUAAAAUACCACAAGCUUUGAAACGUAUUGAUGCUUUUCGCCAAAAAGGCGAUUAUGUAUACUAUGCUAAUUAUAGAAUACCGCCACCUAAAUGGGAAUUAGAUCAGGCUGGUAGACGAAUUGAAAAUCCACGACUGGAAAUGCCAAAUGAUGGUUACGGUGUUCUAUGCUCAAGCAUCUAUUUCUUGCUAAAACAUGAAUUAGGUGAAUGGUCAUUUCGUUCGUCAGAAGCAUUAGAUAUGGUUCAUUGGUUAGCUAGUGAACGAAAUCAUGUCGCUGGAUUCGCUAGUACAUUUGAUUCAUUGUUUGCAAUGCAUGCAUUAAGAAAGUUUGCUUUAGCUGAUACGAAUCGUGCUCUAUACCGAGUGGCUGUAGAUGAGAAAAUUUCCUCCAUGAAUACUUGGGCGAAUCGUAUCUACAUAGAUACGCACAAUUAUUCAACUGUAACGCAUACAACGUUUCCACCAGAAGACGUUUGGGGUGACAUUACAAUGAAACUUGAAGGUACUGGCCGAGUAUUACUUCAGUUGGAUGUAGAAGUGAAUGUAGAAUAUAAAGAAAUGCAAAAAAUGCCAAGGAAUCCGUUAGACACAGAACAAGUUAUGCGCAGUUUUGAAAUUGAGUGCACACCAGGUUUUCUUAGUCGUAACAAUUCAAUCAUGAUUAUGACAGCAUGUGGACGAUGGGUUGGAACAACAGGUGUUGAGCCAUUGUCUCAAAGUGGAAUGGCUGUGUUUGAAAUUGGAUUGCCCACAGGAUUUGUUGUUCUAAAUGAUGAUCUUAGAAGAUAUGUCAAUAGCCUAAUGGUUCCAAAUCUACGCUAUGCACGUACGCGUUCUAGAUCUGUACACUUUUUCUUUGAUACAAUUACACCCAAUAAAACAUGCGUACAAUUCACAGCUGAACGUUAUUACCCUGUUGCUAACAUUACUCAACAACAUGUGUGUUCAGCUUAUGAAUACUAUGAGCCAGGUCGUUACAACAAUUCACUCUACAACGUUGUCUCGUUGUAUACUAACAGUAUUUGCAAUGUGUGCGGUAGUUUCGCUUGUCCAUAUUGUCCUGAUUACAAUUUAUCGAGGAAACGUGUUCAAGCAUCAAUAUCUGUUCUUUGUUCAAUAUUAUUCAUGAGAUGGAUAAUUUAUAAAUUAUUCCUUAUUUCCAAUUGUUUUACCUGACGACACAUUAUGCACAAAAACAAACAACUAAAACUUAGGAGUAUUUCUAAUUGCUUUCAUCGAUCACUCUAUUGAUUAUCUUUUUGUUUUCAUGUCCAAAACAAUUGUACAUGGAUGUGUAAAUCAAUUAUCAUAAUCAAAACGACAGCACUCUUAGUGAUGCACAGCACACCUUUGCAAUUACACCGAAGGAUGCACAUGUGUACCAUAAACACUUAGAUAUUGAUUACAAGUAUAGUGAAUAUACCCAUUAUUUCCAUCGUUUUUUUGUAGAAAACUUAUGAUUCUCUUGUUCUGCUUGUUAUUUUGGCUAUACACUUUUCUAUCUCUCUGAUUGAUUUUCUCUCUUUGUUAUUUGUCAUAUACGUAUAUUAUUUUAGGAUUAUUGUGAUCUUCCUAUUUCUUUAUCAUAAGCACACCUUGACUUAUUAUUUUCUAACUAUACAUCUAAUAUUUAAUUUAGGAAUAUGUUUUUUUUAUAAACGUGUGAAACUCUGCAUUUUUGUACUGAGAACAUUUAUUUGCUUAUUGUUUUGUAUAAAUAAUGAAAACGCAUAAUUUAGUCUAAAAAUGUAAAUUUUUAUUUUUAGUGAUGAAAAACACACCUUCCACUAGCUUUGUCUAAGUUGUGAUCGGUUCACAGGAAAGGUGAAAGAGAACUUUGAUGAGUAUUAUGAAGUUUUGUAAUUGUAAAGUCUCUUCAGAUAUACUCAGACGAAUGAUCAUGAAAUGAAAUCUUUACACUCUAUUCAUUUUUAUGAAUCAUUUCCAAAAGCUGAAUAAUCGUAUUUAUAUUCAACAGAGAAUUUAGCAAAACUAAUCAAAUUUUAUCAUGGUUAUGUUCUAGAGAAUAUUUCACGUAAUGCGGGGAAUAAUCUAGAAAAGAAGUGCAGAGUUCAAGAGUGGCGCGAUCAAUGUGAAUAAACCAAUUGUGCAAACAGUAGUGGAAAUACAAUAACUGUUUAAAUGAACUAUGUAUGGGAAAUGAAGUGAUAUUAAUAAAUCGUCAUAAAAAUGAUGAUUAUGAUAAUAAUAAUAAUGAUAGACUGAACAUCGAACAGUGAAAUGAAAUUAUGGGAAGAAUGUCAUCCUGGUCAAUUUCGGUGGCUAAAUAGUUGUCUCAUUUUUGAACACAGAAAUCUGAUUUUAGGUCUCGUAUGACCAGUAAUUCCAUUGUGUAUAAAUUGCGUAUUCGAAUUCCUUUUAUCUGAUAUUUGAGAAAUCUGAGGGCGCCCAACGUCAAGAAUUUACAAGAUGUCAAUAUUCUUCGUUUCUCCUUCAGUUAACCAGUCUAGUCAGUGAAACAAAUAAUGUCUAUGAACUUGAUUUUGUCUACGGCCAAUAUACUUUGCUCUACAGAAAUAAAUAAAUUGAUAAAUGCAUACUGAGACGACAAAAACCAGUAUUUUGUCCUUAACAUGUGACUGGAUUAAGUGUGUGUUGGUGAAUCAGAUUCUCAAGAUAGUGGCGUGGAACGCCUUUUUCUCAGACACCGGAAGAUGGUUAUCAAGAAUUUCGCCUCCAGCGUCACCUUUGAACUUAAGGUCCAUCAAGAUAGUUUCGUUAAGAAAAGUUGUGACGUUCACUGACGGCAGUUCUCCUUUUCUAUUUCGAUCAUUUGAUCUGAAUAGAUUUCCAUUCUAUAAUACAAUAUUUUAGAAUCCUUGACCAUAAUGAACUUACUAGGUUCUCCUUUCUGAACUGUUCAUUAUAUAUUGGUUUUUGGUAGAUGGAACUGUCUGAUCUUCUGGCAUGUAACACGUCCUGGACUGAAAAAUGUACUUUUGAUUCUCACUCAAGAGUGAAUUUCACUGCUGUUACGUCUUCAUUUUAUAACUCAAUGUGAUAAUUUGUCAUUCAUAUAGCUUUUUCUUCUUUAAAUUCACUAUGACAUGAGUGCUAUAUACUACUGCUUAUAAAGAUUAAUUCCUAUUAACGGUUGGAAAAUUGCCUCUGGGUACAUUGAUGAAAUCAGUGGACAGCAGUAAGAAUCCAUCUAUUUUUUGAAAAAUGUCAAUUUAGGGUUUAUCAGUUUGCUAAUU